GUAGACUUAAGGGAAUGGCAAGGAGAUAAACCGACGAAGAAGGCAUCAGCUUAACGUUGAUGAGAUGGAAAAAUGUUGUGGACGCGUUGGAAUUUGUGGAUCAAUCUCUAGGAAAUAAACAAGUGUACAAUGCUCAUCUUGGAGGAAACGUGUACAUGUCGAUUAAAGCUGGGUGUGUUUGCGUCGAUAUUCGACAAUACUGGAAGCCCAAGGACGAUGUUGUGCCAACUAAGAAAGGAUUGUGCCUUAGACCAGCAGAGUACGUCAAAUUGAAAGAAGUAAUACCUGACAUCGGUAAAAAUCUACCAGAACUGGACUCUGUGGUGCCCUGUUACCUACAAAGCGAUCAUGUGAAUCAGAUGGGAGCGUUACAGUGUUCAGAAUGCAACCCAAACGAUUUCAUGAAUUGGUAAAGUCACGUGAUCAUGUUCUAAAAAUAGUAACCAAUGACAAACCGUUUCUAAAAAUAACCACCAAUCACUGACAUUGAAUACGUUUAUAAGGAAAAUUUACACACGAAAGUUGCAACAUUUUCUACAAAUUGUAAUCCUUAUUUCAGCAGUCUGUUUGCAAUAAGUAAACAUUUCGCUGACCGGGACCCUUGAAAAG